GAGGAGGUCUGCCACUUGAUCGCCCAACGUCAUAGGAAGGAGCAGCAAUUCUGUAAUGGAGGUCAAUAAAGGUAAAGGGGAGCCGGGAUUGCAGAAUCCUGCCAGGCAGAUGGACAAACCCGUUCACUUGCAUGCGGUGGAAAGCAUGCUGCCUAAAGCGGUGAAGAGGCGAGUGCAUGCUUUGAAAAGGCUUCAGGUGCAGUGUGGCAACAUCGAAGCCAAGUUUUAUGAGGAGGUCCAUGAACUGGAGAGGAAGUAUGCUGCCCUCUAUCGGCCAUUUUAUGACAAGCGAAGAGAUGUUAUCACAGGCACAGUGGAACCCACAGAUGCUGAGUGUGAGUGGAACAGUGACAAGGAUGAGGAGGAGGAGCUGUCUGAGCAGAUAAAGAAAAAAAUAGCUAUUGACCCUGCUAAGAAGGAAGAGGCCACACCAAUGGAAGACCCAAAAGGCAUCCCGGACUUCUGGCUCACCAUAUUCAGAAACGCAGACAUGCUCACUGAUAUGAUCCAAGAACAUGACGAGCCCAUUCUGAAGCACCUGAAAGAUAUCCAAGUGACGUUUUCUGAACCUGGAGAGCCCAUGAGUUUCACACUGGAGUUCCACUUUGAGCCCAACGGCUACUUUAACAAUGCUGUCCUCACUAAAGUCUACAAGAUGAAGUCUGAGCCUGAUUCUUCAGAGCCUUUUUCAUUUGAGGGACCAGAGAUCGUCGACUGUGGCGGCUGUGUGAUAGAUUGGCACAAGGGGAAGGAUGUGACCGUGAAAACUGUCAAGAAAAAGCAGAAGCACAAAGGUCGUGGCACCGUGCGCACCGUCACCAAACAGGUUUCCAACCCCUCGUUUUUCAACUUUUUCAACCCUGUCAAAGCUCCACCAGACGGUGGUGAAAUGGACGAAGACUCUGAGCUAGCUUUUGACUUUGAGAUUGGUCAUUUCUUCCGUGAGAGAAUAAUUCCCCGAGCAGUGUUGUAUUUCACUGGAGAGGCAAUGGAAGACGACGAGAGCUUUGAUGAGGAACUAGAGGAAAGCGAUGAGGAGCAAGAUGAGGAGGAGGACGACGACGACGACGAUGACGACGACGAGGGAGACUUUGAUCCGAGGGCCUAAUCAAUCAUGCAUUUCUAGAAAGAAGCGCCCGCCCAGCCUGCUGAAUGCAAGCAGCAGUAACUGCAGUCAGCAAUGCACAAGGAGACCUGCCAUCCUUCAAUUUAGCCAAUCAUCUUGUUGCCUGCCCCUCUUGUCCUCCUAUGAACGGUCAGACCAACACAAUAGAUACCCACCAAACUGAAUUUUUGUUUUGUGCAUGACUUUGUUUUUAUUUAGCCCACUCUUCUUUGUUUGGCUUCUUUCUCACUUCAAACGGAGGUGUCCUGGUAAUUGCCAUCUUUUGGUAAGAUGGACUUUAGUACAUUAUUGUCAAGAAUCUCAUGAGGAAAAAUGGAAUGUAAAAGACCCAAAAUUAAAUGUUCAUGGAUCUGUUACUCAGGGGUUUUGUUUUGUUUUUAACAUCAACGUGAAAGUUGUUAAUUCACCUCGGCACCGCUGAGCAAUGUUGACUUUGGCUGGGCUUUGUUGUUGUACAAUAUAUAACUAAUUUAGUUUUCAUACUUGUGCUUGUCAUUGAAUUAUUUAUCCUGGUUUCAGGCACCAGUUUGGUGAUGUAUUUCAGCAAGCCGCGUUGUGGAGGGUUAACUCUUAUUUUAAAAAAUAGAAUAAAAUAACUGCCAUGUUCCAAGUUUGAACAUUUAAACGUUAUGGGAUGGUGUUUAACGCGAUACCGCAGUCAGAUGCCAAUUUUUAACAAACCAUUUCACAUAACGUGAGCACUUGAAUGGACGCUACUAUCACCGCCCUGCGAAAAUAAAGCGCUUUAUGCUUCCACUCAAGAUCAGUCCAGUCAGUAUCACAGCACAAGGGCAGACGGAAGCGAACUCUAACCUUUCAAAAAUGUUGACAGUAUGCAGGUUGUUUGGAUGUUUUCUGCUCCCCAAACAAGCCAAAUUGAAUGUUAUCUUCAUGUAUUAUUUCCCCACUUCCACAUUGUAAUCACCAUUUAAAGUUGCUCAAAUAUUUGUUGUAUAUGGGAUUCUUUUUGAAUAAUUUGCUGAAAACAGUGUUGCCAAUGUAUUUUGCGCUGCCCUUCCAAUUGAAUUUGUUUGGUUUGGAUCCCCCUGUUGGGAGGUCAUCAGAAGCGGUCUCGAUUGUAUUGAGCUGGUUGCUUGCAUCUGAGGCGUGGUUGUCCUACUCAAAUGUAUCACACGGGGUCCUGUGCUAACAAAUGGCCUUAACUUAUCUUGCUUUAUUCUCUUCAAUUUGUACAGAGUUAAGAUAUUCUAUUAAAAGUUGUGCACCAAUGAGAA